AUGCUACUCCUGCACCUCCUCACUAUCGCCGCUGGCCUACUAGUACCUGCUAGCGCCAGAAACAUACCAAGUCAGCGAACCUCAAGUAAAACAUCUACUCUCAUAGCAACACAGUAUGGAACUGUAUUUGAUGCCCCAGUCACAAUCGGGAAUCAGAGCUUCAUGCUCCUCGUGGACACCGGCAGCAGUGACACCUAUGUGAUGCAAACCGGGUACAAAUGCGUCAACAGCACCGACAACCUUGUCAUACCAGAAAGUGAUUGCCUCUACGCAAAUAAGACCUAUCACAAGUCCAAAGCAUAUCAUCGUGUUCCCAACGAGAUGUUCGGCGUGGAAUACGGUGCAGGACUCGCGAGCGGCCUCAUGGCCAAUGAACAAGUGUCUAUGGGCGGUGUAAGCGUCAACGCGCAGAAGAUCGGCAUCUCAAAUGAAUCCAAUCCCAUGGGCGAUGGGGUGAAUAGCGGGUUACUCGGUCUGGGAUACCCAGCUCUCACCUCCGCACACCCGGCGAAUCACACAUCCAACAGCACAUAUUGGCGCGAUCGUCUAGUGUACAACCCUUUGCUGUUUACGAUGCACGAGCAGGGCCUUAUCGAUCCAUACUUCAGUCUCGCCCUCGCUCAUACACCGCAGAAUCAAUCUACGUCUUUUGGAGGAUACUUGACGCUCGGCGGUCUUCCACCCGUCAACCACAGUUGCCACUUCUCCACAGUCCCCGUUGAAAUCACGGAGAACAUUCCGCGGUGGUAUACAUCGGGGAAAAGUGUCCUAUCUUAUUGGUCAACCAGUGUUCGCAAUAUCACGUACGGCUCCAAGUCGAAUAACCUGACUACAAACACAACUUCGUUUCAAGCAUUCAUCGACUCUGGGAACUAUAUCUCGUACCUUCCACCCGCGGUCGUUGAUCCGAUCAAUGCUCUCUUUUCGCCUCCGGCAACUUUUGAUUCUGACCUCGGUUUGUAUGUUGUUGAUUGCUCGGCCAACGCACCGAAAUUCGGCCUGUCGCUUGGUGACCAGACAUUCUACCACGAUGGUUCCGAUCUUAUCUAUCAGACCUCCGAGGGGGUUUGCGUGUCUAGUCUGGCUUCGUCUUCGGAAGUCUCUCUGGGUGAUGUCACAUUGAACAUUAUUGGCGUUCCAUUUUUGAAGAACGUCGUGGCUGUGUUUGACUUUGGGAAGAAUGAGAUGCGGUUCGCUAAGAAGUUCGGCUCUCGGCAUAGUGCCUCGGGGAAUAUUACCUCAACACCUCCGGUUUCUAAUGCCCCGGUGCGAUGCGAUAACCGGUAUAGCGCUGUGAUCGGUUUGUUUUUGGCCUUGACUACUUCACUGAUGGUAUAA